AUGGAGAGAUCAUUGGAAGCGCAGCAAGUACUCGAAGGUCAUAUGGUAGAACUUGCUGCUUACCAGCUGACUAGAGAAGCUCAACACUGGUGGCAAAGAACCUACCAUCUUCUGCAGCAAGGAAUUGGGGCUGAGGUGAUCACUUGGGAGGUCUUUAAAGAAGAGUUAUAUAAGUAUUUCUCGAAUUCUGUGAGACAAGCCAAGGAGUUGGAGCUACUUCAACUAAGACAAGGAACAAUGACUGUGACUACUUACACAAGCAAGUUUGAGGAGCUGUGUCAUUUCUCAAGAGCUGUGGCGCCUCUUGAGAUUAAGAGCUUUGCUGAGUUAGUGAACAAAAGGCGUGUGGUGGAAGAUUGCUCUAGGAGGAAUGUGAAUGUGGGUUCUAGCCGUGGUGGUCAUCAUAACCGAGGAGGAGGUGCAAGGUCCUUUGCUCCAAAGGGCCAAAACUUCAAGAGGGGAGGAGCUGGUCACAUGUCAUGGAACUGUCCUGAGAAGAUCGAUCCGAAUGCUGGUAGAGCUCAACAGCAAGGCCGUGUGUAUGCUAUCACGGCGGAUGAUGCGGCUAAGUCGGGUACUUUGAUAAGAGGUAAAUGUAAAAUUGGUGGUAAAAUGUUAACUGCAUUGUAUGACACUGGAGCAUCUCAUUCAUUCAUAGCCUUUGACAAAGCUGUUGAAUUAGGGUUAAAAAUGUCGGCAUUGUCAUUUGAUUUGCAUGUGCAUACUCCCGUUUCUAAGACUGUGGUGACUAGAUUAGGAUGUCAAGAGGUACCUUUUAGGGUAGAGAACCGAGACUUCGUGCAUGACUUUAUUUGUCUGCCAAUGCCUGAGUUAGACUUUAUUUUGGGUUUGGAUUGA